UGCGUAGAAAAGGUACCGACGUCGGCGUCGGCGACUGCGGAAGCGGACGACUUGCGCGCGGGUUAUCGGUAGCAUCUCUUGGGCGCGUGUGAGCUGCUUGGACUCGUAGUGUCGGAGUCGCUACGAUGCCUAAAGCGAAGGGAAAGAACCGGCGGCGAAAAUUCGGUUAUAAUGUUAACCGGAAGCGGCUGAACCGUAACGCGCGGAGGAAAGCAGCGCCGAAGAUCCAGUGCUCUCACAUCCGCCAUGCCUGGGACCGCUCCAAGUCCGUGCAGCAGAACCUGGCGGAAAUGGGCCUCGCCAUGGACCCCAACAGGGCAGUGCCCAUCCACAGAAAGGUAACAGCAAUGGAUGUGGAUGUUAGCAAGGAAAAAAGGCCCAAGAAGAUAGUUCGGAAGCCGUAUGUCUUGAAUGACCUAGAAGAAGAGGCCAGCCUGCCUGAGAAGAAGGGUAAUACCCUUUCACGGGACCUCAUUGAUUAUGUGCGCUACAUGGUUGAGAAUCAUGGGGAGAACUAUAAGGCAAUGGCCCGGGAUGAGAAGAAUUACUAUCAAGACACUCCAAAGCAGAUCAAGAGCAAGAUUAAUGUAUACAAGCGAUUUUACCCUGAAGAGUUCCAAACCUUUAUCGAUUCCCUGGAGAAGAACAAAAUGGAAGUAGAGUGAAGGACUUGUGCCACAAGCUUGUUGUGGCUUAGCUAUGUGAACAUUGUUGGAGGCCUGGAGAACUAAGUGGGAAAAUACACCUGGUGAGAAAGGAGUUCUAUCCAUACUUUCUUGGGGAAAUCUUUCCCCGAGAUCGUACCCAUCUUUUCUUCCCAACGGGUGAUGGGUCAUAGAAAGGGGCUGUGCUGUUGCAGUAAGAAGUAGAUUUCAGGGAGGAGGGGAGGAACCAGAAGGAGUUGCCUCGAUAGAAGGGAUGUUUUAAAAUGCUGUCUCUGAACAUUAAAGUUCGUGUGGCUUUGAAGCUUU